AUGAGUAUAUUGAAACAGCUUCACCCAGAUCAAAUAUUUGUCCACUAUGAGGAUUUCCCUUUGAGUGAAAAUCCAGCCGUUGAUUGGAUCGAAGAUUUAAAAAGAGAUGUUGCCAUUUUGAAUUUCAGACCCAUGACAUCUGCAGCCAGUUUAUGCAGUGCUCAAAUUAUGGAUCUAAAGAUGAAUGGCAUAUUUGUCGAGAGUGAUGUUAUUGUCGCCAAUUUAAGUCGUGCAUAUGUUAUUUCUCUUCUGGGAUUUUGCCAAAAAUCCAAAAAUAGCUGUAUCAAAAACAGUCUCUUCCCACCGUCAGGGAAACUUCUCCUAAAAUCACCCACAUCUAUAGAACUCAGGGAAAAUGUGGAGGUUCUGAAUUGCCAGCCGUUCAAACAAAUAGAUUCCCAAAUAUUUCUUCCAAGAUGUGUUUUAAGUGAUAAUCAGUUCAGAGUCGGUGACAUCCAACAAGGUGACAAUGUCUUUCAUAAAUCAAUGCGAACAAUUUUAUACGGAAAUUCUGAGAGUGUGAAACCGCUUUUGAGUUCAUCUACCAUUCCACUUUAUGGUCACAUCGUCUCAGAAACGUUCACCUCAAAGGUCUACAUCAGUAUUCUUAGUGCCGUCAAUUCCGGUAAAAUAAAAACUAUAUUCUACCACGGUACAGAGUUACCGUAUGGAACCUACUGGAAUAAAUUGAAAGAAACUGGUGCUAAAAUUCAUUUCGUUGAAGUGGAUUCAAAAACAUUCCCAAAUACCAAAGCUUCUUUACACCAAUAUAACUUUUACAUUCUUUUGCAAUAUGGUGGAAUAAUUUUUACAGAACUUGUCAUAUGGCAAAAGGAAAUCCCUCCCGAUAUCCUUAAGUUUGACACAGUUGGAACUGUACUUCCGUUUGAAGGAGACACAAAACUCUUUGACCUCAAUGUUUUGAUGGCGAAACCAGGGGCGUUAUUUUUACGAAGUAUUUUAGCAAUAAGUCAACAGCUGGGCUCUAAAUCAAAUGAGUUGAUAGUUAAUUAUGCAUCGUAUCAUAUAUAUGAACUAUAUCCCAAAUAUGUGUAUAUGCAUACCAAUUUAAUUCGGUAUGUUAAUUGUAAUAUUGCGUGUACUGUGGACCACAAAACAUUAACAAUUGUUGAUAAUAACUCCAUUAUAAACGAUGAGGAGUCGUAUCAUAAAAUACUCAAACACUGA